AUGGAUCCAUCCCGCGCAUCAAGUAAUCGAACCCUGCAGAUUGUACGAGCUGCGUCUGAUGGACAUUACGGUGUGCUGGCUGCCAUAUGCUACAACAUUGAGCAUCUUACGGCCCUCGUCCGAGCCGCCGAAGCCAAGCGAUCACCCUUGAUCUUGCUCUUGUUCCCGUCGACCGUCACCCAGCUCCCGACGCUGGCCUGGGCGGCAGCGGCAGCCGUCAAGUCGGCGACUGUCCCGCUGUCUCUGCACCUUGAUCACGCACAGGACGAAGAGCAGAUCCGCCAUGUCGCGGAUCAACUCCCCUUUGACUCCAUCAUGGUCGACAUGAGCCAUCACGAUCAUGCCGAAAAUCUAAAGAGGACGAAAAAUCUCACGCAUAUCUGCCACGAGCGCGGCAUCGCCGUCGAGGCCGAAAGCGGGCGUAUCAACGGUGGCGAAGAUGGCAUCGCGCACACGGGGAACCUACAAGCGCUCUUCACGUCCCCCGCACAGGUCGAGGACUUUAUCGCUGCAGGCGUUGACCUGCUGGCGCCGAGCGUCGGCAAUAUCCACGGCGACUAUGACGCGCGAGGUCCUCAGCUGGACCUGGACCGAUUGGCGGCCAUAAACAGGCAGAUUGCUGGGCGGGUCAUCAUGGCGCUCCAUGGCACGAACGACUUCUCGCCUGAUCUUAUGCGCAGGUGCAUCCAACAUGGCGCCGUCAAGUUGAACGUCAACAAAUUGCUGCUUGAAGUAUGGAGCGCUCACUUGAAGGCCAACGCGCACAAACCAUUGACGCAGCUGAUGGAUGAUGGAAUGGCUGUGCUGCAGAACGAGGUCGAGCGGUGGAUGGACAUUUGCGGCAGUGCUGGGAGGGCGUAA